AUGGGACUCAAGAAGCAGCUUCAUCCUAUAAAGGUUGGGGAUAAAUAUAUGAUUCCACCAGCACGUUACACGAUGUCAAAGGAAGAAAAGAUUAAUUUUUGUCGUAUCUUGAAGGAUGUGAGGUUUCCUGAUGCAUAUGCCUCAAAUAUAGGUCGUUGCGUAAAUAUAAAUGAACUCAAGAUUUCAGGACUUAAAAGUCAUGAUUAUCAUGUUAUACUUGAGAGACUUCUUCCCCUUGCCAUAAGAGGAUUGCUUCCCAAGGAUGCUUGUGAUCCUUUGAUUGAGUUGUCUUUAUUCUUUGGUGAUUUAUGCUCUAAAGAGUUAGAAUUAAAUGAGCUGGAUCGUUUACAGAAUCAAAUUGCAGUGACACUUUGUAAGCUGGAGCGCAUCUUCCCUCCGUCAUUUUUUGAUGUUAUGGUUCAUCUAUCAAUUCACUUGGCAAAUGAAGCAAAAACUGGAGGUCCUGUUCAAUAUAGAUGGAUGUAUCCUAUUGAAAGAUUUUUGCGCGUUCUAAAGAGUUAUGUGCGCAACAAAGCACGGCCAGAAGGUUCCAUAGCAGAAGGCUAUGUGUCUGAAGAGUGUAUGACAUUUUGUGCUCGAUAUUUGACCGACAUGGAUUCUAGAUUAAAUCGGCCAGAUAGAUAUAUGGACUAUGCAAGUAAUGAAUCUGUUUUGCGAUUACAACAAUUGGGUGAUGAGAGGAUUAGUAAACAACUAGAAAUAUUAUCAAAAGGGCCGGACUUUCGAGUGUUCAACCACAAAGGAUACAUUCUAAAUGGCUUCAAGUUUCGUACAAAAGAUGCUGAGAAACACCUAAAAACCCAAAACAGUGGUGUGAUAGUGAAAGGGGAUGAGUUAACCGGACAUGUUGAUUUUUAUGGUGUGGUUAGAAAGAUCACUGAAAUAAGAUAUUUGAAUAGCAACUUUGCUAUACUAUUUGAAUGUGAUUGGUUUGAGGCUCCUUCCGAAGGCCAAAAUCAGGGCAUGGGAUAUAGGAGAGAUGAAUAUGGAUUUAUUAGUAUAGAUAUGACAAAGUUAUAUUACAAAAGUGAUCCAUAUAUCUUGGCAUCUCAAGCUGGUUUGGUUUAUUAUGUAAAAUACAGUGACAAGGAAAAUUGGUAUACGGUUGUUAAAGUCAAGCCAAGACAUGUCUUUGACUUGCCAAAUGUUGAAGUUGACGAUGACUUGGAAGCAUAUCAACUAAAUGAGUUGGGUGAUACACAUGGACAACUGAAAACACCAUCAGUAAACCAAGAUGAAGUUGUUUUAAAUGAGGAUGAUGAUGCACCAUUAGUAAAUCAAGACGAUGAGGUUUUAAAUAGGCAUGAUGUUGCAGGUCUAUGCUUGGAUGAAAGUAUUAUUGACAAGGAAGAAGAACAAAAAGAAUUGGAUGAUGCAAGUGACUCAGAUAGUGAUGAAGAAGAAUCUCAUGCAAGCGAAUAUGAUUUGUCUGAGAAAGAAGAUUCUGACACAGAAUAA